AGGGGAAAGCAGCAGUUUGUCCCAGUCAGUAAGGACACACAAAGGGAGGUGGAGCUCAAGUUUUGCGGUCUCAAGUGGAUCACAAAGGGGCAAACAAUGCCGCACUCCAACGGGAAUUUUCUCAUGGAGUGCAAAUUGCAUGGCCAGGGGUUUCAGGGAAGUCAGACGAAGGCCGCACAACACUUCACAAUAAAGAAAAACUGUGCUAAAGUCUCCGCGGAGCAGCUCGCGGAGAUUUGGAACAAGACGAAGUACUCGUUCGAUCACAGCCACCAUCGGAAGAUCCUCGACUUCCUGAGGUCUUGUGGGUUUCGAGACAAUAGAAAUACUUCGGGGAGGGAGCAGGCGGGGGAGGAGGAGUACGACGACAGCGAGGACGAGAGGAGGGCGGCCGAGGGGGGAGGUGAUGAUGGUGACAGCGAUACACAGGACAUGGACGUGGGGCGAGAGGUGGAGCGCGGCAGGGAUAAGAUGAGGGGGGACAAGGCCGUUGAGGAGGACACUACCCUGGACGAGGACGACGACGACGACGAUGACGACGAGGAUCAGGCCGCAGACAUUGGGGUCUCUCUUGAUGGGGGGCUGAUGGCCGCUGGCCGUCGAGGCCAAGAGGGGGCUGCCAAAGCGAUGAAGGAGGCCACGAAAUCGAAGAAGAGAAAGAGGAAGGCAAAGAAGACCAUCACAGAGGCGACACUAGCACCUCCUCUGCCGAAGAAGGGCAGAGUACUUCGACAUCCAUCCAUGGUGGAGACCUUCGAUCCGGUGUGGCAACGAGAGUUUUCGAACUUCUACCUGCAGUGGUGGAACGUGAGCGGCAUUCCAUUUGAGGCGGCGAGGAGGUCGGAGUACCAGCAAGUGAGGAGGCGGUUGCUCGACUGUCCGCCGUACACACAUCCUGUGUUUCCCACACACCGUGUGAUUUCCGGCGAUGGCAUCCCAGAGCAGCAGCAAGUUGUGGUGAAGAUGGUGGCGGCUGUCCGCAAGGAUAUUGCGGCGACGGGAGCGGAUGGUCGCAAGUCCAUCACAAGCGACCAGAUAGUCAACUUCCUUGCUGCUGGGCCCACGGGCUAUGAAUUCCCCUGGGCGGGGGCCAAGCGCGGCCGAAUCCGCGGACGCGGCCAGGCCGCCGACCCCGCGGACGAGGACGCGUGACGCGUGGCUUUGAGGCCACAUGGCUGCCAGUGGGGAGGGGGGUU